AUGACACCUCAGAUUUCUCACCGGUAUAACUUUGAUCGUACUCGUAUCGUAAGAGCAGAUGUUAUUCGAUUUAAAAAGCCGGCUACAAUUCUUGAUGAAAAGGAGAGAAAGUUGCACUGGAGAGCUGAAGUGCGUGAUCGAUCGACUUACUUGCUAUUUGGCCAUUUUAAGUUAUGGUGCCCUGGCGUUCCAUUUAUUGGUUUGGCGAUUCGUGACACCGGCUUUGAUAAGAUCAGAUUCUCAUGUGUGAUAAGUCAAAGUGGUUUCACAAUCAAGCGGACACCCUCUCGGUUGCAGGGCUUGUCUUGGACCGGUCGUGGCUGUCCAUGCACUUUGAGUAGUUGUGUAAUCGCGAACAGUUGUAGUGAGUAA